UGCGUCCAUUCCUAGGGUUUCUAUCUCGGCAAAGCACGAGCAGCGGGAGGCAUCCACGCGCCUCUUCUUCCAUUGUUCUCACCUCCCAUUUUAGGGUUCGUCGUAGAUUUAUUUGACGCCGGAGCCUCCUCUCUGCUUCUCUUUGUGAGCGUGGUUCCAUCGUGGAUCGGCGAGAGGACGAUCUGCUCGUCUAGAGUUGGGGAGAGCGAUGGCUGAUCGAUUGACUCGUAUCGCCAUAGUCAGUUCCGAUCGCUGCAAGCCCAAGAAGUGCCGCCAGGAAUGCAAGAAGAGUUGCCCCGUCGUGAAAACAGGGAAACUUUGUAUAGAAGUCACUCCUGCAUCAAAAAUUGCUUUCAUUUCUGAGGAGUUAUGCAUUGGAUGCGGUAUCUGUGUCAAGAAAUGCCCUUUUGAGGCAAUUCAGAUUAUCAACUUACCUAAGGAUUUAGAUAAAGAUACAACCCAUCGCUAUGGACCAAAUACCUUCAAGUUGCACAGGUUACCUGUUCCAAGACCUGGGCAAGUGUUGGGCCUAGUUGGAACAAAUGGUAUUGGGAAGUCGACUGCCCUUAAGGUGUUGGCUGGGAAGUUGAAACCCAACUUGGGUCGAUACAAUAAUCCUCCUGAUUGGCAGGAAAUUUUGACAUAUUUCCGAGGAUCUGAGCUCCAGAAUUACUUUACACGCAUUCUGGAGGACAAUCUGAAGGCAAUUAUUAAGCCCCAGUAUGUUGAUCACAUUCCCAAAGCUGUUCAAGGGAAUGUCGGUCAGGUGCUUGACCAAAAAGAUGAGAGAGAUAUGAAGGCUGAACUGUGCAUUGAUCUUGAGUUAAAUCAGGUUAUUGAUCGUAAUGUGGGUGAUUUAUCUGGCGGAGAGUUGCAGAGAUUUGCGAUUGCUGUAGUUGCUAUACAAAAUGCAGAAAUUUAUAUGUUUGAUGAGCCAUCAAGUUAUCUUGAUGUAAAACAGAGGCUUAAAGCUGCACAAGUUAUUCGGUCCUUGCUCAGGCCUAACAGCUAUGUGAUUGUGGUGGAGCAUGACCUCAGUGUCCUAGAUUACUUAUCAGAUUUCAUUUGUUGCUUGUACGGGAAACCAGGAGCUUAUGGAGUUGUUACUUUACCUUUUUCUGUCCGAGAAGGAAUUAACAUUUUCUUGGCUGGUUUUGUUCCUACAGAAAAUCUCCGUUUUCGAGAUGAAUCUCUCACAUUUAAGGUUGCUGAGACUCCUCAAGAGAGUGCUGAGGACAUCCAGACCUACCAACGUUACAGGUACCCUACCAUGAGUAAAACACAGGGUAAUUUCAAGUUAUCUGUGAUCGAGGGUGAAUUUACUGAUUCUCAGAUCAUUGUCAUGCUGGGUGAAAAUGGAACCGGAAAGACAACAUUUAUUCGGAUGCUGGCUGGAUUGUUAAAGCCUGAUGUGGUGGAAGAUACAGAUGUUGAAAUACCUGAAUUCAAUGUUUCAUAUAAGCCUCAAAAGAUCAGUCCAAAAUUUCAAUCUACUGUGAGACACUUGCUGCAUCAAAAAAUUCGGGAUUCGUAUAUGCAUCCUCAGUUCACAACUGAUGUCAUGAAACCUUUGCAAAUUGAGCAAUUAAUGGACCAGGAAGUUGUAAAUCUUUCUGGUGGAGAGCUGCAAAGGGUGGCGUUGUGUCUAUGUCUUGGGAAGCCUGCAGACAUAUAUCUGAUAGAUGAACCAAGUGCUUAUCUUGAUUCAGAGCAGCGUAUUGUUGCCGCAAAGGUGAUAAAAAGAUUUAUCCUGCACGCAAAAAAAACUGCUUUCGUUGUUGAGCAUGAUUUCAUCAUGGCGACUUACCUGGCCGACAAAGUUAUUGUGUAUGAGGGGGAACCCUCCGUGGAUUGUGCUGCCAAUGCACCUCAGUCAUUGGUAUCUGGGAUGAACCGCUUCUUAUCUCAUCUUGAUAUUACUUUUAGGCGGGAUCCGACUAACUACAGACCUCGGAUAAACAAGUUGGACUCUACGAAAGAUAGGGAGCAGAAAGCUGCUGGAUCUUAUUAUUACCUUGAUGAUUGAUGUGACAAUAGAUUAUACACAGGCUAUUUUUUCAUCUUCCCUCUUUCCGUCAGUGAUGAAGAUGAAUCGGUUGAGAAAGCAAUUUGCAAUGAUAUAUGAGGACCCACCGUGAUACAUGAAGAUCUGCCAUGAUGCAUGAAGGCCAUCAAUGUCAUAUUAUCUAUCUGAUUUGAAAGCUUUCAGGUUGGAGUUUUUUCUUCCCCUUUUUGCAGUUUUUAAUGUAUUUCAAUGUUCCCCUGGGGGAAAACACUGGAUAUUGCUUUAGUUCCUAUGAUGAGGCUGUUGAGUUUUAGAAUUGAAGCAGUUUCAUAUAGGUUGCAAUGGCUCUGUUUGAUGGUGGAGUUACGCCAUCAUGUACCCGUUGAAGAUGUUGCUGGUGAUUAAACAGUUAUCUGCAUAAAUAUUGAUUGAUGCAUGUGGAUUCAGAGAUUAUCUUGGUAAUAAUUUAUAGCUUUCCAUCACCUUCAGCAGAUAUUGUUCUAGUAGCAAGCUUUGUCCUGGUUUCAUCAUGUUACCUGGAUUCUUCUUUCUUACUCUGAAUUCUUGUUGGUGCUGGGGUAAAACCUUAAGUUAUUGUUGGUUUGUGUGUUUUUGGGUUCCGGAAUGAUGAAGUGAGCCAUUACAUAUGAAUAUUUUGGUUUCUAAAAAA